AAGACUUCAAAAAAAAAAGAAAAAAAGGCAUCCCAAUAAGUAAAUUUAACAUUUUGCUCCCGUGCAUAUAUGUUUUCUCGUGACCGAACCGUACACGAAUAAAUAAGAGUUAUAGGUUUUCUUUGUUUCUUUUCUUGUUUACAUUAAACAAUAUGCCACCUUUCAAUGACCGUACGAUAAAAAAAGCCAUACCAUUGUCACUCUUGGUAUUCUUCAUCAUUCUAGUGAAUUUUAUAAUCAUCUACCGAUACACAGGGCCCUAUGAAGAGCCCGAACUUGCUACUCCACCUGCGGAUGAAGAACCAGAGAUACCUCCCUAUAAUGCACCACAGUAUGGACUUGAGUUUGUCAGGCCGAAAGAAAGAAAAUUCGUCAGCCCUGUCUUAGAAAAAUAUAUAAAAUCUCUGGAAUUAAAAAUGAAGGACAAGGACCUAUAUAUUUUACUGCAAAAUUGUCUCCCAAAUACCUUGGAUACCACGGUCGAAUGGUUUAACGAGGAUAAAAGUGACCCUCGUACAUUUUUAAUAACGGGAGAUAUUCCUGCCAUGUGGAUUCGAGAUUCAGCAAACCAAAUUGCACCCUACUUGCGAUUCAUCAAUGAGGAUGAAAAGUUACGCGACUUGGUUUUCGGUGUAAUUCAAGUCCAAGCAAGCUACUUGCAUUAUGAUCCUUAUGCAAAUGCUUUUAUGAGACCGUGGUACGCACCCAAAAAAGAAGGCAGAAAGGCAUCGAAUACUGACAAUGUCAUACCAGCCUAUAACCCCGAAUUUGUAUGGGAAUCAAAGUAUGAAUUGGACUCAAUCGGGCAUUUUUUACAAUUAACAAAUGACUAUAUUGAUACCACAGGUGAUAUCGAACGAGUGGUAACAUCUGAAGAUUGGUUAAGAGCUAUACCACGUAUAUUUACGGUGCUUGAAGAUCAAAUGCAAAGUACAUGGCCAGCACCGAAAUUCUCUUUAAAGGCUUCGGCCAAGAAAAUAAAUGAUCCAGAGCCGGUAUCUUUGGCGCGAGGUUAUAGAUUCAGACGAUAUACUGAUCGACCUACCGAAACGCUCGGAGAAUAUGGACUCGGUGGUAUCACGAAGAAGUGUGGGUUAAUCCGUAGUGCUUUUAGACCAAGCGAUGAUGCCACUACGUUUCCUUAUUUAAUUCCUUCAAAUGCACAACUGUCAGUACAGCUGAUAAAAUUAAGCAAGCAUAUCCAGGUUUUUUUGGAAAGUAAGAAUGAGACACGGUCAGAAUUUAAUAUGCAACAAGACAUACAUUUUAGCUCUAAAGAAUUGGGGGAAACUAUACGAGAGGCUAUUUAUGAGCAUGCAGUCGUUAAACAUGCGGUUUUUGGAGAGGUAUUUGCUUUUGAAGUUGAUUGUUUUGGAUCACAAUUGCUGAUGGAUGAUGCCAAUACACCGUCAUUGCUAAGCUUACCAGUCCUUGGGUUCCUUGAAAAAAACGACACGAUCUAUCGUAAUACAAGAGAUAUGAUUUUAUCCGAAUGGAAUCCUUGGUAUUUUAAAGGGAAAUUUGCCAAAGGUAUUGGAGGACCCCACACAGGACAAGAUAUGGUUUGGCCCAUGAGUUUAUUAAUGCAAAUCCAAACUUCCACCAAUGAAUCGGAAGUAAGACAAUUAGUGGAUGUCUUAAAGCGAAUGGCUAAAAAGACUGGGAAUUUGAUGUGUGAAUCGUUUGACGUCAAUAAGCCUACUGUGUUCACUCGCUCAUGGUUUAGUUGGGCAAAUGGGCUGGCUGGCACCACAAUUUUACAGAUCAUACAGGAUUAUCCCCAUUUAGCUUAA